UUUCCAAAUUUCCCAUCAAUCUUGACGCUAUGGAUAUAUUUUCCAAUCAGCUUCCAGAAGUGCUCACAAAUCACAAUUUAGCUACUUUGGAGUUCUUUUUGAUCGAGUGUUCUUCAAUUUUGGAUGAAAAAAAAACUGUUUCGAGCUGAUUGAAAUUAUUUGAAUGGGUUGUUUGUUAAAUCAAGAAAUGUCGCUUGCAAGGGUUUGAUUCAUAAUCUCAUUUGAAGAAAUUAGAGAGAGAGAUACAUGAAGCUGCUGCCUUGAAAUUUGUUCGACGCAUAUGGAGAAAAGCUUCUCGAUUUCAGCUCGAUACUUUCUGGCUAAUUGAAAGAAAAUAGAAUUAGGGUUUCGGUUGAAUCUGGUUUAAGAUCUUGCAUAAUUGGGAAAGAUUGAAUUUUGGGGGCCAUGGCAGUGGGAUGGAGUGUGACACUCUGGAUGGCAAGAAUGGUGUGGUUUGCAUUGUCUGGUUGGGUGGUUUCUUGCUUGACUGUUGCCGAUGAAUUGGCCGGCUCUCUGCGCUCCGGAGACAUCGGCCCGUUCCAUGUCGGUUAAUUCGCAGGCUAUUGUACAGAAACAGAGUUUAUCGUUUGCAAGGAUCUGGUUUCCCUAAAUAGAGUUUAAUAGAGUGCUUUUUUUUUUUUUUUGUCUUAGUUUGUGUUGAUUGUGAGUAGCAAAUUUGUGGUGCUUUGUUUUGAGUACACGUUAAUCAGAUGUUGGAAUGUGAUGUUUGAUUAAGGAUUGUUAAUUGUUAAUGCCUUAAUGGUUAAAUUGAGCUACAUUUUCACUUA